AUGAGGAUCUUCAAGAAAGACCUCCGCCUUCAGGACAUCACCAUCAUGUAUUUCACUGCCCUGGCUGCUCUGACGGUCAUCUUGGUGGCUUCGUACCAGGCGCCCUCCCAUGCUGUUGAUGUGUCCAGCCUUAAAUCCAGUCCCUCCAUCCCUCUGCCGCCUCUCCCUAUGCCUUUCCGAAUGCCCCUUGACCCUCGCGGGGAGCUCCAGCUGGCCUGGAACGUCAGCUAUGCCCAUCAGGAGGUUUACAUUCAGCUGAAGAUUGCGGAGCUCAGGCAUGGCGUUGUACUGGGGAUGUCGGACCGCGGGGAGCUGACCAACGCUGACCUGGUCGUGCUGUGGGACUCGGGAACAAAGAGCUACUUUGGGGAUGCGUGGAGUGACAGCGAGGGUCAUGUUUCGCUGGACAGCCAACAAGACUACGAGCUGAUCGAGGCCAAACAGAAAGCUGAUGGGUUUUACCUGCUCUUCAAAAGACCAUUUAGUACAUGCGAUCCCAAAGAUUACCUCAUAGAGGAAGGAACCGUGCACAUCAUCUACGGGUUGCUGGAUCAACCAAUCACCUCUCUUGAAGACCUGGACCUGUCCAGGAUCCACACAGGGGUGCAGAGAGUAUUGAUGCUGCGUCCCGACACACCAUCACCCACUCUGCCUCCAGAUGUUCAGCCCUUAGACGUCUUGGCACCAAACAUCACCAUACCAAACCAAGAAACAACCUACUGGUGCUUCAUCCACAAGCUGCCUGAAAAUAUCCCCAAGAACCACAUCAUCAUGUACGAGUCUGUGAUAACUGCAGGCAACGAGGCCAUUGUGCACCACAUCGAAGUGUUCGAAUGUUCACCAGAGAUGCGAGACGUGCCAGAGUACAGUGGCUCCUGUGAUGACAAGAUGAAGCCGAAGAAGCUCAACUUCUGCCGUCACGUGCUGGCUGCAUGGGCUAUGGGUGCAGAGGCUUUUUACUACCCCCCUGAUGCUGGACUGGCUAUAGGGGGACCUGGAUCUUCAAGGUUCCUUCGUCUGGAAGUCCAUUAUCACAACCCUCUCCUUAUAUCUGGCCGACGGGAUUCAUCAGGGAUUCGGCUGUAUUACACCCCAAGCCUGCGGCGCUACGAUGCAGGAAUCAUGGAGCUGGGCCUCGUUUACACUCCAGUCAUGGCGAUCCCUCCAAAACAACACACAUUCUACCUCACUGGCUACUGUACAUCUAAGUGUACCAAGACUGCUUUGCCCCCAGGAGGGAUCUAUAUUUUUGCAUCCCAGCUGCACACCCACCUGGCAGGCCGAGGAGUCAGAACAGUUUUGGUGAGGGGAGGCAAAGAACUGGAGGUGGUGCAGGAAGACCAGCACUUCAGCACAGACUACCAGACAAUCCGAGUUCUGAGGAAAAUGGUGAAUGUUUUACCUGGUGACGUUCUUAUAACAAAGUGCACUUACAACACUGAGGACAGGAGCAAACCCACAGUGGGAGGUUUUGGCAUCAUGGAGGAGAUGUGCGUGAACUACAUUCACUACUACCCUCAAACUCAGUUGGAGCUCUGUAAGAGCCACGUUGAUCCUGGAUACCUGCAGAAAUAUUUUACCUUCAUCAGCAGGUUUAAUGGAAACGAUCAGUGUGUGUGCGCUGAGGUCAGCGUGACGGAGCAGUUCUCUCAGCUCCACUGGGAUGAAUUUACUGGAGAAGUGCUAGACUCACUUUAUAACACAGCUCCCUUCUACAUGCACUGCAACCAGUCGACCGCACGCCUCUUUCCCGGUGAAUGGGAAAAGCAGCCGUUACCAGAGGUAACCUCAGUCCUUCCAAAACAUCGAUACCCCUGCGAAGGUGGGACAGUACCCACUAGUUGA